AUGCAGUUCUUCCGCCAGCUCGUCGCCUUUGUGGCAAUCGCGUCGCUAGCGUCGCUCUCUCUCGCUUCCCCGGUGCGCAAGUCGGAGACGAAGCACGAGGUUGGACGUGAGACCGACCCGUCUGAUACCGACCCGGCUGCCGACGCGCCCGAGGUCUCACAGGACGGUUCGUUCAGCGGGAGGCCCAUCGCCGGUUUCUACAAGAAGUGA